AUGUGGCGCCUGUCUUCUGCUUUCUUGACGCAAUCUGCCGAUGCCGUCACGCAGGACUGUGACCCCAGCAUAACUUCAGCUCGGCAGUCUCUUGCAUUCUCUGUUUUCCUCGCGUUUACGGUUUAUGGUGCUGUAGCAUCUCUAGUGUUCACGGUACUCAUGCUGAUGAAAACCGAGCAGCUGAAAGCGGCUAGGGAGGAGCACCAGGCCGAGAUAGUACGCGUCAAAGAAAGGCUCCGCUCGACAUCUGCCACAUUUCGGCAGCGUUUCAUCGAGACGCUCGCCUGGCGUCUCAACUACGAUAACUUGCUCAGUCUCCGUGUAACCUUCAUCGAUUGCUGCGGCCUUUGCAAAUCGAGGAAUCCAGUGUUCACGGCUGCAUGCUUCCACUUGAUGCGCCAGCAGAGCUCCAAGCUCGCUUGGCCAGUGGCCGAAGCUCUCUCAACACACGAGGUAUGUGCAGCCCCUCGUAGGUGGGACCGAGCUGGUGAAGAUGCUGGAGGUGCCUCAGAAACGGCUCUCUCAAGAUGGCGCUCGGAUCCGAGUUCCGCCAAGUUUCUUGAGGAGAGAGGACGUGGCGUGUCUAGAGGAACCAGCCCAGCGACGGUUUGUGAUCGUUUGUAUUCGCAAGGGUCCAGCAUGCCUGAAGAGAUGGCCGGUAUCGGUCAAAACCUGUGUGGCACGAAGGGCACGUGCUCAGACGAUAAAAUGAAGGAUGAGUGCCAAGGGCGAAUGGAGGGAUGUCGUUGCGGCGGCCCAGGGAAGGCGAUGGCUGUAACCGGAGAUUCUGGACCCGGGCAUCCACCGUCACGGACAGAGAAAGCCGUCUGCGUGCAGAAGCCAGUCGCCGGACGUAAUGCGGGUCCGGUCACUUUGACGUGCGUCCAAGUGUGUCAAGCAGUUGGGGAAGGUCAAGGAGCUGCCGACCUCGAUCGCAGCGACAGACGUGAUCCCGACGGUGAGGAGCAAACGCCGCAUGAGAGUGCUGAGGCAUUGUUCAGUGAAAGGAAAAGGAAACUUGCUUAUGGAAAAGUUGUGCAGAUUGAAGGAGUUCAGGGAUGCACGUGCUGCUCGAUUGAUCUUAUUGCGCGCUAG